AUGGAGGAAACAGACGACACAAGCCCUGAUGUUGUAGAAUUAGGCAUGGAUGGAUGUGUCGUUGAAUGGCAUGAAAGAAGUAUGAUGCCAGAACCAUACGUUGGGGAAGAACUACCACCAAAUUAUGAAAUCAAAGCCAUGGAACAAUUUACACGUGUCUUUUUUGAACGAUAUUCAAACUCGGGACCGACACUCUAUAUGAAUUCACUUGAUGAGGCUAUCACUCAUUCUUUGUUUGAUUCUAACGCUUCUUCUCCUUUAGUCCUCUAUAUACAUCAUGAUCGUAGCAUAGCCACAGAAAUCUUUUGUCGACAUGUGCUAUGUGCCGAAAAGAUUACGAAUUAUCUAGCUGGAAAUUUUAUCGUUUGGGCUUGGGAUCGAACCAACGAUAUCAACUAUCAACGGCUUCUGACUAUGUUACGCUCGUGUGUGGGUGAAUAUGUAGCGGAAUUAGUGGCUUCGUCACCAGUAGAUCUGCAUCCAUUACUUUUAUGUCUUGUGUUUCAAAAUGGUCGAAUAGAAGUUGCAAGAACCAUCGAAGGUAACAUGUCCGUCGAUUUGACUUACAAUCUUCUAGAACAAGCACGCAACGUGUUUGACGGCCGAAAUGAAGAGCCUGAUCCGAUUAAUUUGCAGUUAACAGAGGUUUCUAAUGAAGGUUGGAACAUGUCCGAAAGUCUCUUGAUACCUAUCCCAAAAGAUUCUGCAGACUUUCUAACAAUAGCUGAUGAGUUUAUGCCGAGUAGAGAAAAAAUUGUCAGUAUCAAUAGAGUCGAAAAUUCAAUGUGGCUAUUUCAGUAUCUCAAUAAUAAGGAAACCAUUGACGCUCGACUCGAUAGUGGUGAAAGUGAACGAAUUUUUACAUUCACUUGCCCAGAAUCAAUAGCUCAGCAAAUCCUUCGAAAAGGAUUUCAUGAUCGACUGAAAAGCAUUCAUGGUCGAAAAUAUGGCUACGGAUUUUAUUUUCCAUCUGCCACUGCCCCUAAUACAACAGAAAAAACACACGCAGCGCUUGUCUGUCGUGUAUUAGUCGGCCAAAGCUGUCUUGGUGAUUGGACAAUGGACACAUGCCCUGCAGGUUACGACUCAACAACAAACGGAUCUGACACUUAUGUUGUCUAUUCAAAUCGACACAUCUUGCCCAAAUAUCUAAUCGUCUUCACAUGA